ACUUAACACAGUUGAAUUUCGACAUCCACUCGGAACGGUUGUGCAAUCGGGAAAUAAAAUUCGUUCGAUUGCUAAUAAAAGUGUUGUAUUUUUUAUUUGAAGUGAUCAUCGCUGAAAUUUCAAGGCAGGCAAAAUGUGUUGCUGCCGCAUGGCUUCGAGGCCAACAGCCAUUGUUGUUGUGGUUGUUGUGCUAUCAUGUUUUUUGCAAGCUAUUGUAACCUUACAAAUACCCGAAGAUGUGGAAAUUCUUGAAGGUUAUGAAUUUGAUGAAUCACCCGAAUAUUACGGCACCGAUGCCAAUUACUAUGAGGCACGCAGUAUGCUAACUGGUGUCAACAAAGCCAUACGCAAUAAACGUUCUACGCUCGAAUAUGAUCAAGCGAAGGGUUUAAUAUCCAAAAAUGAUUUGAAUAAAAAACUUCAAGAAAGCCUAAUACACAAUGUCGAAAGUGAUCGCAUAGAGUUACAUAGUCCAUCACAAGCUGGGUCGUUGCAAAAUCAAAAAUCACACCAACAACAAGAUGAAUUAAAACCAGAGGCUAGAAUGCAACAAGAUGAAGGUCAAGAACCACAACCAUUACCAAAGGCAGAGAAACAAAUUAUGGAUCCAGAUUAUGAUUACUACUCUCAGCGUCAUAUUUCCCCAAUGUGGAAAGAUUCGGUAAAUUUAUCACCAUCGACAGAUGACGAUGAUACCAUGGCCGAUGCUACUAGUGGUUAUGCAGCCAGAUCGAGGCAAGCUCGUGUAAAUUUUAUAACCCAGCCACGUAAAGAUAAUGACUCGCCAGCUAAAGACUUGCCCGAACCGGUGGUGACGAAAAUUCCUCCAGCAAUAAUUAAAAAUACCUAUGAUCAGAAAGUCAGUCCCCUAACGCCAUCUUACAACUAUGAAUUGUAUCCAUCACGUUCAUAUGAUCCAUACCUUAGACGUUAUGAUCGAUACGAUGAGCAAUAUUCCCGUUACGACCCAUACAAUUACGAAGAUCAUUUCCUAUAUCGUCGCCAUUAUGAUCCAUACGACAGCUACAGCCCUCGUAUGCCACAGUACCCAGAACCCUACUAUAACUACCCCGAUCGUCGUUACGACAUUCCAGAACCACGUGACUAUUUGCCAGUGUAUAAUAAUGAAGUGUAUGAGAAAUCCUCUUAUGCUCCAAUCCCCUAUUCAGAUCGUUAUCCAUUACCUUCAAAAUAUCCAGCCGACUAUCACGCAAAAUAUCCCAUGGAUUAUCCGAAUAAAUAUCCUAACGAUUAUCCUCCUACAAAAUAUCCCUUAGACUACACAAGACCAAACAAGCGGAUUGUUUACUAUGCCCAUUUACCGGAAAUUGUUAGGACACCAUAUGAUUAUGCAAACAGCUAUAACAGGGAUCGAUAUGAUGGUUCGACAGCCCCAAAUAAAGGUCUGGCAAGUGCUUAUAAAUUGGAUAAGGCAGCAAGUGGAGCAUCGCCGACAUUGAGUAAUAAUGCCAACAUCAAUGGCGGUGGUGAUCCUUACGAUUAUAUGAAACGUGAUAAAAAGGAUCGUGUCACACCGAAACCCAUUAAAGCUGUACCCAAUGGCAGACAGUAGUUGGUUGGACGAUAGCGGCAGGAUCGCUGCGAAAUAAACCAAAGUUUUGCUGGCUUUAUUUUUAAGUUACGUACAUACAUACAUAUCAAUAUACAUACUUACGAAUGCAUUAAACCAAAAAAUAUUCAGUAGAAGGAAGUGAAAGAAGCGGAAAAUCAUCAUUUACUCAAAUUAGUUGAUAUUUCAUUAUUUAGUUAGUUUGACUUCUUUAUUUUAUUGCCAAUAUUUCUCAUUAUUUCAUAUAACAUAAAUUAAUAAUAAAUAAUAACUUAUUUAC